AUGGCACAGGCGCCCACGAUUGACAGGGUACUCAACCUCGCGGCCGACUCGCCAGAUGAUGUCUUGACGCAUCUGCAGUCGCAUCCUGAGCUGGCUUCAAAAACCGAUGCUCAUGGAUACAACCUAGUCGCUGCAGCAGCAUCUUAUGGACACGACCGGCUACUGAAGGCGCUCAUAAAUGACUACAAAGUCGACCCAAACAUCAAGGACGAAGACGGCGAGACAGCACUUUUCAAUGUCGAAGAGGUGCGAAUGGCGAAAGAACUCAUCGAACUCGGAACAGACUUGAGCCUCCCCAACAACGAAGGCCAAACCGCGGCGGAGAAGCUGGACGAUGAAGACGAGCAGCCGGCUAUCGCUGCCUUUCUUCGCGAAAUCGCAGCGGGUGCCUCAGCUGGAGGCGCCUCCACCUGGACAGAGACUGCCGUCGAAAACGCAUCGCCAACCUUCACCGAGCAUCGACCAACAACCUCGACAGAUGCUAAUGGCACUCAUCCUCCGCCGCCGCUGCCGAAUGGUCUUCAGCUCAAUGUUGGUACUAUGAGUCCUGGAGAAGCGGGAGACGAGCCUGAUCCGGAGUUCAGACGGCGGAUUGAGGAGCUUGCUUCGCAUCCUGAUUUUCAGGGUGAGGAGGGACAGCGAGAACUUCGACGACUUAUUCAGGAUGCUAUUUCUGGUGUUACGGGCGAGUCUCAGGCGCCGGCUUCGAGUCGGCGACGGGUGGAUUGA